AACAGAUGCUAGACCUGUUUAUACAAUGGUACAUUUGCCACAAAUUGGUAUAGCUACUGUGCUUAUAUUUUACAUUAUUGUGAAUUCUGUUGUUCUUUCUUUUAAAAAGUUUUAUUUAUAAAUUGUGAUCUUUUUCGAAUGCUUUUAAAGUAACUAAUGUAAUAUACAAUAAGAUCGCGAGAGAGAAAAAAUGAAAAUGUGUCUUUUUGUGACGUUUGACUGUUGUAGUUAUAUUUCAAUCUUGCUGUCGGUUAACUCUGUAUUUGGCACUUGAGGAUUCAUUAUAAGUGCACAAAUUGAAAAAUUAUAAUGAGAAAUUAAUAAACUACAUCUGAAAAUGAUGAUUAAAAUAACCAUAGUUUGCUAUGUUUUGUCUCGAUAAAAAAUUAAAUACACAUUCUUCAAAGUGUCAAAUAAACUGUGAUAGCUGUAAUAGAUUAAAGAGAUGACCAACAAGUAGACGAUAAGCGUAUAUACAUAUAUAUAUUCGUGUGAUAACAACACUGAAUGCAAAAAGGACUCAUUUAGUUGUGUGUAGUUUGAAACUUCCUGUAAACCAUUUUAAAAAAAAAUCAUGAUGUCAUCAUCGGGACAGAGUAGCCGAAGUAGUCGUGCUGUACAAAUUAGUUCAAUUUUCCAGAAGUUACAAGGUCGAUUUACAGAUGCAAUGACACCACCAAAAUUGUCAACAGAUAAACGAAUGUUAGACAAAACAUGGAAAUUAAUGGAUAAAGUUGUUAAAUUGUGUCAACAUCAGCGAAUGAAUUUAAAAAAUUCUCCGCCCUUUAUUCUCGAUAUUCUACCCGAUACUUAUCAACGAUUGAGGUUGAUUUACAGCAAGUACGAGGAUCGAAUGCAUAUGUUGCAUAAUAAUGAACAUUUUUGUGUUUUCAUAAACAAUCUAAUGCGAAAGUGUAAGCAGGCAAUCAAACUUUUUAAAGAGGGUAAAGAAAAAAUGUUUGAUGAAACUUCACAUUAUCGUCGGAAUUUAACGAAGCUCAGUCUUGUCUUCAGUCAUAUGCUUUCAGAACUUAAAGCAAUAUUUCCGAAUGGUAUUUUUGCUGGCGAUCAAUUUCGCAUAACAAAAUCUGAUGCUGCUGAAUUUUGGAAAGAACGAUUUGGUAACAGUACUUUGGUUCCGUGGAAAAUAUUUAGACAUGAACUAAAUCAGGUUCAUCCAAUUAGUUCUGGUUUACAAGCCAUGGCUUUAAAAUCCACAAUAGAUCUUACAUGUAACGGAUACAUUUCUAAUUUUGAAUUCGAUGUUUUUACAAGAUUAUUUCAACCUUGGUCAACAUUAUUACGAAAUUGGAAAAUCUUGGCAGUAACACAUCCUGGUUAUGUUGCAUUUCUUACUUAUGACGAAGUAAAAGCAAGAUUGCAAAAGUAUUGUAUUACAAAACCAGGAAGUUAUGUUUUUCGAUUGAGUUGUACGAGGUUAGGGCAAUGGGCAAUUGGCUACGUUACAUCCGAUGGCGAUAUUCUUCAAACAAUACCACAUAACAAAAGUCUGUGUCAAGCCCUGCUUGAUGGCUAUCGAGAAGGGUUUUAUUUGUAUCCAGAUGGUCGAAAUAUUAAUCCCGAUUUAACAUGGGCUGUUCAACCCACACCCGAGGAGCACAUUAAGGUGACAGCCGAACAAUAUGAGCUUUACUGCGAAAUGGGCAGUACGUUUCAGUUAUGUAAAAUUUGUGCUGAGCAUGACAAGGACGUUAGAAUAGAGCCAUGCGGUCAUUUACUCUGCACACCGUGUCUUACAGCUUGGCAGGUAGACUCGGAAGGUCAAGGGUGUCCAUUUUGCCGAGCAGAGAUAAAGGGCACUGAGCAAAUAGUUGUAGAUCCUUUCGAUCCUCGAAGAACUCACAGAUCUGGGACUCAUUCGGCAACAACAAGCAAUGCAUCAACUCCUACGAAGGAUCUUGAUCCUGACACCGAGGUAUCCGAGUAGGACUCCCGUUUAUCAAAUGUGCCCUUAGUAUAUAAACGAAGUACCAGUUUAUGCCUCAGUUUCAAUAGCACCGCUCUUUUUUUGUCAGUCCACUAUUACGCAACUAAACGUCAUAUUAUUAAUAUUAUUAUUCAUUUUGCUCCAUUUUUUUACCACAGCCAUAGAACAUCAUUUUUAUCAUACUUUUUUUUUGUUCAUCGAAAUGUUUACAUAUCAAUUAUUAGUGAUUCCAAAAUCAAAUGCGGCUCCAACUAAGUUUUUGGAUAUUAAAAAUAGUGGCUUUAUUUUUGUUGGUGUAAUAAUGAUUGGUUAUUAUACUCUUUAUUUUAAUACCUACUUCCAAAAUAUAUAUAUAAAUAUCGUUAAUAUUUCAACUUCACAGAAGUACGAUUAUUGCCGACAAAUUAUUUCAUCUUCUAUAACAUUGACUAAUUGAAGAGAUAACUAAUAAUGAGAAAUACAAUUUAAAAUAAUGGUGAUUUUUUUUUUAGAAAAAUUAUUUUACCUUUUUUUCUUUAUCCAUUAAACCUUUGCGGUAGCGCGGUUACGUAGAAAACAUUUAGUCAUGAGAAACCAUUUAGAAAUUGCUUCGGUACCGCGAAGGGUUAAAUAAAUUUAAAAACAUGUCCAAGUUAUGUAUAUUCAAUCAGGAAAUUAAAAUCUACUCUAUCAGA